UUUGCUCAGCUCUCUAUGCCGCAGAAAUAAGCGUACUGAGCGCAGCGCCGGAAAUCGAAGAGAAUCCAUUAGAAGCCAGGAAAAUGUUUCCAAGCGAAACAACAGCAGAGACUAGAUUGUGUUACAAUAAAUCGAAGAUUAUCCAAACAAAACAAGAUGAACAUUCGAAAAGUAAUGGUAUCUCAAAAAACAGUAAUGGCAUAAUAAAAGGAAAUUCUAGUAUAGACGGAGAUACACUUUAUGACGUAUAUUCUAACGAUCAUCACGAAAAUGGAAAAAAGCAGUCUUACUAUUUUGGGCAACAACUCAUAUGGAGAAAUAUCAUUGCUAUAACAAUAUUUCACGUAAUAGUUGUUUAUGCAUACUUCACGUUUCCAUACCGACAGCGCUGGAAAACCGCAAUAUGUGCUUGGCUUUGUGCUAUUGUGGCUUCAUUUGGAGUCGGAGCAGGCGUUCAUCGGCUUUGGACUCAUCGCUCAUAUAAAGCUAAAACGCCUCUUAGAAUCAUCUUAUUAUGUUGUUAUUACUCAGCUGGCAUGAAUUCCAUAUACAAUUGGGUACGAGACCACCGAAUCCACCAUAAAUUUUCAGAAACUAAUGCUGACCCACAUAACAGCAGCCGAGGAUUUUUCUUUUCUCACGUUGGUUGGUUAAUGAUGCGUAAACAUCCAGACGUUUAUAAAAAAGGACAACAAAUUAAUAUGGAUGAUGUAACAUCAGAUCCCGUGGUAGCUUUCGGUGAUAAGUAUUUUUUGCCAUUAAAAAUAUUUUUUUGCUUUAUAUUGCCAACGUCGAUUCCUGUAUAUAUUUGGAAUGAGGAUUGGUACUAUGCGAUUAUGGCACAAGUUUUUAUGCGAUAUGCUUUCAUUCUAAAUGCCACCUGGAGUGUCAAUAGUGUGGCUCACAUGUUUGGCUGGAAACCCUAUGACAGAUCAAUUGCACCCGUGGAAAAUAUCUUGGUUUCAUGGUCAACAGGAGGAGAAGGUUGGCACAAUUAUCACCAUGUCUUUCCAUGGGAUUACAAAACUUCCGAGUUUGGCCAUUAUCCAAUUGAUAUGAGCACUAUCUUCAUAAAUACUUUUGCCAAAAUUGGAUGGGCAUAUGACCUAAAACAACCCUCGCCUGACCUUGUAAAAUCAAUAGUAGUCAAAAAAGGAGAUAGGUCGCUCUUUGAAGUUCCUGUGCAGUUUAACAAUUUCGAGUUAUCGAAAUCACUUUGAUGCAUUUAUAUUCUUAAUUUCAUUAUUUUCCACUGCUUUCAAUACAAAUUUUAUAUAUGUAUAUUGGUAAAAAAAAUUUUAUAUAUGUAUAUUGGUAAAAAAAACUUUAUUUCUAAAAUAAUUUUUAUUAAUUUUUAACUUUACCUUAUAACUCUUCUUUGUUAGAAAAUUGUCAAUUUCAACAAUAAUAAUCAAAAAAAUAAUUUAAUAGAAUCAAAGUUUGAAUAAAGCAACAACGAUGUAAGAUAUAUUGUUUCAUUUCUCAAUUAUGAUCAAAAUAAAGCAUAUUUUUGUACGUAAUAUAUUUGACAACUAUACUUAUGAAUUUAUAAUAUGUAUAAAAUGAUAAGCCGUGAAAAACAAAGUUUUUACGAUGUCAAUAAAAAAUAACGGUAGCUAAUGAUAUUUGGAAGAAAAUCGUCAACAUUAACGAUUCUAGUGUUUUAUAACAUAUAUAAGGGGUAAAUUUUCAAGAUGUAUCCUGAAAAGGAUAAAAAUAUUUUUUAUGACUAUAGCUAUACAAACUAUAUUCAGUAUAUAUUUUUGUUCAUCUAGUACAGAAUAAAUUCUUGUACAACUUUAUAAAAUAAAAAUUUGUU